AUUCAGGUCAUUUUGUUAAAUUAUUGAGCGGCUCUGCCCGUGACGAGAUUCGCCCAGCUGCUACGAUCUCACCCCUCGAGCGGCAGGGCUCGUUUGGGGUUAACUCGAAAGACAGCUUUGCAACAAACAGCGGCGGCGGCGGCGGCACAGGCCCGGAGGGGGAAGAACCCGGGCUGAAAACGCGGCAUUUAAAACGCCGCUCUCGGGGCGCUGGCCGCAUCGCGUCUCGUUCCCAUUGCCGCAGCCCGCCCCGCGGCAAGCCGCCGAGGAGAGGAAGCGGAGACGGGAAGAAGGGGAAACAAACCCCGCCCGGCGGCGGCGGCUUCGCAUUGGCGCCGCGGCCCGCACAGCUGAGCCGGCCCGCGGCGCUGAUUCGCGGCCGGGAGCUCUUUAACCCGGCCCAGCGGAGGUGCCCCCGCCGCCGCCGGCUGGGAGCGCGAUGGAGGUGCAGGUAGCCCCCCGCAGAGCCUGGGACGACUUCUUCCCCGGCCUCGAGCGCUUCGCCCGGCCGGAUUUCAGAGACGUGUCCAAGUGGAACAACAGGGUGGUCAGCAACCUGCUCUACUACCAGACCAACUACCUGCUGCUGGCUGCCGCCGUCCUCUCCGUCGUGGGAUUUCUGAGCCCACUGAACAUGAUCCUUGGUGGCACAGUAGUGGUGCUGGUGUUCACAGGCUUUGUGUGGGCAUCACACAACAAAGACAUCCUUCGCAAGUUCAAGAAGCAGUACCCAACUGCGUUUGUGGUAGCCAUCCUGCUGUCUAGUUACUUCUUGAUAUCCUAUUUUGGAGGUGUCAUGGUGUUCAUAUUUGGGAUAACAUUUCCUCUACUGUUGAUAUUUAUCCAUGCGUCUCUGAGGCUUCGGAGCAUAAAGAACAAACUGGAGAAUAAAAUGGAAGGAAUAGGUUUGAAGAAGACCCCUAUGGGCAUAGUACUUGAUGCCCUUGAACAGCAGGAAGAGAACAUCAACAAACUGGCUGAUUAUAUUGCUAAAGUGAAGGAAUAAGUUGUACAUAAUAUGGCAUUCUUGUCUGUUGCAGGAAUUUAGUUGCUAUUUACUUUUGUCAAAGCUUGCUUUAAAUUUGUCUGAGAUACACAUUGUAUAGAUUGAAAAUGGCAAGAUUCAGGUAUACAAAGUUAUGCAUGGCUCCUCUAAGACUAGGGAGGAGAGUCACCUUUCUAUAGUAUAGUAAAAAUGUCUUGGUGUUGCAUACAUAUGCACUAACUGUUUAAAGCACUUGUUUUCUGGCAGGGGAAACAAACAUGAAUUGCAGUUUCUGAACCUGUUCUUGGUAGCCAGUGUCAUGUCUAAGUAUUUAUAAUGCACUUCAUUGGAGGGAUGAUAUAGGGGUGGGGCUGUUUAGUGCACUACCAGUUGGCUAAAAAUGUCACCAGACAAAAAUCUGGCAGUCAGGACUGGCUGAAAGCUUUGCCAAUACAAUUUUUUUUUUCACUUCCUUCCUUCUCCUCUUCUUCUUCCCCCCGCCCCCCCCCC